UGAUUCCCAAAUCCCUAAAUUCAUGAGCUACCAUCUCUCAACCCAAACCUCGAUCUUCGGACUUCACUUAUGGAUCGUACUCGGUGUCUCCGCCGGCGCCAUUUUCGUCCUCCUCCUUUUUCUCCUCUCCCUCUGCUUCACCAACAGAUCCACAGCUCACACCCAACCAGAUUCCAUCCCAAUUGAAAUCACCACACCUGCAACUACCUCCCACCGACUAUCCGCCACUGAACAGCAAGCAUUGCUAAAACACGAUGAAGAUUACGCCUCUAUACCCUACCCCAGAAUCCACAUCCAAAUGGGUAAGGGACACCCUCACCGGGUUUUGUACCCCAAGAGAUUUGGUGGGGUGACUCCGAUUGGAAACGGCCAUCAUUCACCGGCGGCGACGGCGGCGGCCAGAGCUGUAGGUCCUGAGGUUUCGCAUUUGGGAUGGGGACAUUGGUAUACAUUAAGAGAGCUUGAAGCAGCCACCAAUGGAUUUGCAGCUGAGAAUGUAAUUGGUCAAGGAGGUUAUGGCAUUGUUUACUAUGGUGUUCUUGAGACUAAAACUCAAGUUGCUGUCAAGAAUUUGCUCAACAACAGAGGACAAGCUGAGAAGGAAUUUGAAGUUGAAGUUGAAGCAAUUGGUAGAGUUAGGCAUAAGAAUCUAUUGAGAUUGCUAGGUUAUUGUGCAGAAGGAGCACAUAGGAUUCUUGUUUAUGAGUAUGUAAAUAAUGGGAACUUGGAGCAAUGGGUUCAUGGUGAUGUAGGGCCUUGCAGUCCUCUUACUUGGGAAAUUCGUAUGAAAAUCAUCAUCGGGAUAGCAAAAGCGUUAACUUAUCUUCAUGAAGGACUUGAACCAAAGGUAGUUCACCGUGAUAUAAAAUCAAGUAACAUCUUACUCGAUAAGUCUUGGAACCCAAAGGUUUCCGAUUUUGGAUUAGCCAAGCUUCUUGGGGCAGAUCGGAGCUACAUUACUACCCGUGUGAUGGGCACAUUGGGCUAUGUUGCUCCGGAAUAUGCAAGUACGGGGAUGGUGAAUGAGAGAAGUGAUGUUUAUAGUUUCGGGAUUUUGUUCAUGGAGUUGAUCUCGGGGAGAUAUCCAGUCGACUAUAAACGACCAAAAGAAGAGGUACACUUGGUCGAUUGGCUCAAGAAAAUGGUUAACGAGAAAUGCCCAGAAAAAGUUUUGGAUCCUAAAAUGAUCGAGAAGCCUUCUUCGAGCAUUGUAAAGCGGGUUUUGCUAGUUGCUUUACGAUGUGUUGAUUCAAAUUCCGAAAAGCGACCUAAGAUAGGACAUGUCGUACACAUGCUCGAGUCCCAAGACCAAUCUUUGAUCGAUGAAAGAAGAGGCGUGCGGGAUUAUGGCAGUCCAAACGAUGGAUCAAACGAGAAGCAAAUGACUCGUUAAUGGCGUUAAAUGACAAGAUAAACAACAUACGUAUGUUUUCCGAGGUAAUUGGAGGUCUCAAAAACGUGAUUUUGGUCUCCGAAAUGGAGGUUUAUAUCGUAUAUCGUAUAUCAUAUAUAGCAAUUGAAAUUGUUCAUUUUGUAGAUUUUAGAUUUUACUUGAUGUGAAUGUGUUGUUAUUGUUGGAAUUAUACUCAAAUGAGAUGGCUCAUGGUCAUGGAGGUUGUAUGUUGAA